UGGUAACUCAUACUGACUCUCAGCUAAUGAGAUCCUUUUCCAUUUUUAAUAAUAACUUUGAUGCCUGACCACGUCUUCAGUGUCUUGUUUUAACUUGGCCACAAUUAGGCAGGGUUCGAGGCUCAUAUACUGGGCUUUAGAGAUCAGAUUUUUCUCUCUCUCUCUCUUUUUUUUUUAAUGUGUACACACAAAGUUUAUCUGGUGUUAAAUCUAUGUAAAGUUUUAUACAAGGCACCGAGCAAAGCUAGCAAACUCUUACUAGGCUGAAACAAUUGCUUGGUUCCUUUCUCUCAUCAAACCAAUUUUUAAUGCUUAUUGUUUAACAAUUACAGUUUAAAAUAAACUUCUUUGUAAGAAAUCUCACAAGCCAUGCUAACAAAAUGGUCCUACGUCCUUUCACACUGUUUAGUCAACACAGAACCUGUGUGUAGUUCCCCUCUGGUUCAACUGCUUUAGGUGCCGAUGUGUGUGAGGUACUGAUACGUCACGUUAUGCAAAUAAGUCGAUGUCUCGGUCUUCCAUGCUUUCCUGAGUUACAGUCAAACCCCCAGUUUCCCAACCAGGCAUAACAUUAUGACCAGCUGCCGUUUGGUUCCCCCUUUUGCUGCUCUGACCUGUCAUGCACUGUGUAUUCUGACACCUUUCUAUCAGAACCAGCAUUAACUUCUUCAGCAGUUUGAGCAACAGUAGCUCGUCUGUUGGAUCGGAUCACACGGGCCAGCCUUCACUCCCCACGUGCAUCAGUGAGCCUUGGUCGCCCAUAAUCCUGUCGCCGGUUCACCACUGUUCCUUCCUUGGACCGCUUUUGAUAGAUACUGACCACUGCAGACCGGGAACACCCCACAAGCGCUGCAGUUUUGGAGAUGCUCUGAUCUAGUGGUCUAGCCAACACAAUUUGUCCCUUCGUCAAACUCGCUCUCCUCUUUGAGGACAAAAUGUUCACUUGCUGCCUAAUAUAUCCCACCCACUAACAGGUGCCAUGAUGAGGAGAUCAUCAGUCUUAUUCACGGCACCUGUCAGUGGUCAUAAUGUUAUGCCGGAUCAGUGUAUGUUUGGGUUUAAAAUGUGAGUAAAAUCCACAAGCAUGGAGAAUUUUAGCACGUCAACAAAUGCAUUUAUCAUAUUUAAGUUUUGUGUUACUUCCAGUUGUUUAAUAACAGUGUGUUUGUCCUGAUUGUGAAAAAGUGAACAGUUUCUACAUUUUUUCACUAAGCUGGUUAUUUAUUGCGUCGUUUCUUUGCCCAUGGUGGAAUUCUGACAGGCCCAAACUUGAGCUGCAAGUUUUUCCAGCUUUCAGUCUUCUUGGAUCUGCUGCAUGUUUUUCUAAGACCUUAAAGACUUUAUCAAAGACUGAAGCAUAUCUAAAUCCUCACAUUGUAGUGAUUAUGAAUUGAAUUAAAAAGGUCUAUUCAUAAUUAUUUUGCAAUUUGUUACUUGAUUCUGAAAGUAUUGUUUCACGAUUAUUGCAUCAUGGAAGAUUAACUAUAUAUUUAUAUAAUCUCAAACCUUUUAAUUAUUAUUGGAUACAGAAUCACUCCUUAAAAAUGCCAUAGAAAAUUUAUAUAUUAAGGAAAAAAAAAAUUAAUGACCAAGUUCUUGGCUAGGAAGGUGCUUAUUAUGCUCACUUUCAUUUACUGCUUUAUCCUGAUCAGGGUCAUGGAGGAUGCUGAGCCUUUCCCAGGAGUGUGAGGUAGGAUUACAUCCUGGAUGGGAAGCCAAGUUUGGGACUGGGUGAGAUUGCUCCUUCAUGCGAAUCUCAACCAAAUUACUACUAGUAUGUCUGGGAGGUGGGAGGAAACCACAGAACCUGGAGGAACAUGCUCAGAAACCUUCAGUAGAAUGAUCAGUAACUGGUCUCUGGAAUCUGGAGACUAUCCCAGGAAAACUGGACACCAGGGCAACACACACUCAUACACAACUAGAGAACCCAGAUGAAACCUGAAACCAAGAAACUCCUCACAGACUUGAACCCAAGCUCAGAAUCGCACCACUGCACCACUAGUUUGCAUUAAUUCAUUGUGUUCAUUUCUAAAAGUGUAAUUUUUUUUAUUUGCAUAAUACCAUUUAAAAUAUAAACAAUCAAAGUGUAAUUUUUUUUAUUUGCAUAAUAUCAUUUAAGAUAUAAACAAUCACACGUGCAGAUACACACUUUCACCGCUAGAGCUUUGGACCUGCGUUUGGUCUGAUUCGAACUUGCGAAUCGAUUCUUUGAAAAGAGUCAUUCAAGAUGAACCGAAUCCAAAUAAGCUCAAUAGGAAAAUGCAGCGAUUUUGGUUCAGGAGUUAAAUACAGACGAAAUAAUUUAGUACGCUUUGGCUAUUUUAAUACACUUUAGUGCUAAUACAUCAUGGGGAGCCAAGGUUACGGGUGUAGCUCAUAUCCAGGCGGAUUUUCAUCGAAAAAUGAAAUUAAGCCAAAGACAGCAGGAAUACUCCGUGUAAUGCCAUGCACUGUGUCUCAGCUUCUGUCCUCCAGAGAACACAGAGACUCCUUCUUUAUACGAGACAUGGAGCUCAACCAGGUGACUGUGGUGGGUAUGAUCAGAAGAACCGAACUGACGUUGACACACAUCGUGUACUCUGUGGAUGAUAUGACUGGCCCCCCUCUAGACGUCAAGCAGUGGCAGAAUCUUGAGGAUGUCAAUAUGAAUCAUUAUGUCAUUCCUUCUGGGACGUACGUCAAAGCUGUAGGAAGUCUCCGCUCCUUUCAGCACCACAGAUCCAUGGUAGCGUUCAACAUCCGCCGACUGGAUGACCUUAAUGAGAUCACGUCGCACAUGCUGGAGGUGAUUCAGGCCCAUCUGGAUAGCGAUAGCAGCUCGUGUAGUAUGAUGAAAACAUCACAUGCAAGUGACCCAGCCACCGUUGGUUUUACAGCCAGUCAGAGGCAGGUAUAUACUUCGAUUAAGAGCUGUCGCUUGGCUGAGGGCAUCAGUAUGCAGCGGUUAAGGAACUCACUUAAACAUCUCUCCGCCUAUGACAUCAGGAAUUGCCUGCAGUUUCUUAUAAACGAAGGACAUAUUUUCUCCACAAUUGAUGACUACCAUUAUAAGUGUACUAAUGGCUAAAGUCUUGUGGUGGAUUAAGCACUUUUUUCCCCUACUGGACAGUCAAAACAAAUCUGUCUGCUCUUGUAUAUUUCAAUUGUUUACAUCGUAGAAAAUCAUAAUCUAUAAUUCAUUUGUUUUCCAUGUUUGGUUAUGACUGUUCUUGCAAAUGUUUUUGUGUUAUUCUUACCACUGGGUGUAUUGUGUGAUCUGGUUAU